CUUUUGUAUUUAAAAUAAAAAGAAUUUCCAAUAUCACAUUCACAAGGAUCUGAAGACCACCACCAUUCAGAGAGCGAGCCAGCGAAUCCACAUAUCCAAAAUAUGUCUUGGCAAUCUUACGUAGAUGAGCACUUGAUGUGCGAUGUCGGUGAUGGCCACACCCUCGCUUCCGCUGCCAUUACGGGUCACGAUGGCUCUGUAUGGGCUCAGAGCUCUAAUUUCCCUCAGUUUAAACCUGAAGAAAUCAAAAAUAUCAUGAAAGAUUUUGACGAGCCGGGUCAUCUUGCGCCUACAGGAUUGCAUCUUGGAGGUAACAAAUACAUGGUAAUCCAGGGAGAGCCCGGAGCUGUCAUUCGGGGGAAGAAGGGAUCUGGAGGCAUCACCAUAAAGAAAACUGGGCAAGCUCUAAUUUUUGGCAUCUAUGAGGAACCUGUCACUCCUGGACAAUGUAACAUGGUUGUUGAGAGGUUGGGAGAUUACCUCGUUGAUCAGGGUCUGUAGACCAGGAUCUCCCGUGAUCUGGAUUUCGAACGGCUGUCUUUUUGGCACCAUAUUUUUUAUUUUUGAGUUUUGCCACGCACCAAGAUCUUCUACGUUUCACCUCCUUAAGUUGGGAGUUGUUGCAGAUAAUAACCACGUGAGAAUUUAACAUUUAUCUGUUGUUUGAAUAUUCUGAUUUUAUUCUGGUAUUUACAACAAUUCGUGUGACUGCUAAGCACCUGAAUCUCUUCCCUGUUUCUCCUGUAUGAUUGACAUUUCGCUACAGAAAGGGCUCAUCAUCGAUAAUCA